GCCUUAUCUCAUUACAUACAUACACAUAAAGAGAAAGGGAGAGAGAGAGACCGAAGGAAUCAACGAGAGAAAAUGGUUUCUCAAGUGAUGGAUUCAAUGAGAGAAAAAGCUGAAAUUUAUGUAGGAGAAACAGAGUGCCAAAAGAGAGCUAUCCAGCUCCUUGACGAGUUCAAUAUCCCCAGAGGACUCCUCCCUCUCGACAACAUAGUGGAGAUCGGGUUAGUCCCAUCUGAGGGCUUCAUUUGGCUCCGGCAGAAGAAGAAGAAGGACCAUUACUUUGAGCAAAUUGGUCGGAGUGUUUCAUUUGCUGCAGAAGUCACAGCAUUCAUUGAGCCUCGUCGGAUGAAGAAGGUGACUGGUGUGAAGGCAAAGGAGCUUCUUCUCUGGAUUGGGGUCUCCGAGAUGUUGGUGGAUGACUCAAAUUCCGGGAAUAUCCAAUUUAGAACACAUUCUGGGAUUUCCCGAUCAUUUCCUGUUUCAGCUUUUGUAUACUGAAAAGACGAGAAAAAAUUAAAAGGCGUCAUGAAAAUCAUGAUAAACUUUUGUAUUCGUAUUUUUUUUCUUUUAUCGUGAAUAUGUAUCUGGAUUUUCAUCAUAAUAGACAAGAGGUUUCAUAUUCUAAUU